AGGUAUCUCUGUAUCGCGAACGAAGAGACCACUAUUUCUGGUAACUACAGCCACUCUUCAAGCCCAUCCUAACCAGUCGCUCCUUUCAAUAACGGGCGCUCGAGCUUGGAACUUUAAUUUCUGAAAAUUCGUUCAAUUAAUUAUCUCUUAUUCUUCACUUGGGCUGAGCCCGUGCGCUGUGACAAUUAACACAGUCGACUUUUUAUGAAAUAAUUUUGAGGCUUUGUCACCGGUAAUAUACUAUUCAAAAAGUUGAUACUACAGAUACAAGUGGAUGCUAUACACAUUAAUGCUUGAGAUCCCUUACCACAAUGCCAAGAUGGCAUACCCGCCUUCCGUUGGCUUUGCGCCCCAUUCGGGCCGGUAGUUGGUGCCGAACAUUUGCAUCCGGAUCCAAUUGUCCUCGUCACGAGCAAAUCUCCGUCCGCUGUGGCUCGUCUGGUCAUAUCGCGGUCGACUUGCACAAUCACCUCUACCACCCCCCUACUGCACCUCUGGUGAUUUACCUUCCAUCAUUCUCCAGGCAGCCACACCUCUCACCUCCCCUCCCGGAAUUCAUCAAACGAUAUCCGACGGCAGUCAUCAACUACCGAUGGCCAGAGGACUCCAUUCUUUUAGACCUCGUGCCUGCUGGCCAAAACUCCCAGCCUGAGGAUGACAGCAUCGUUCCAACAAACCCACUCCAUUGGCCCACGCCCAUCCAUGACACCCUCUUUGGCUAUUCUUGGAUCACGGACAACCUGGUCCCUCCAGACUCUCAGCGCCGAGAUAUAUACGUCGUCGGUUCCUAUCUCGGCGCCUCGCUGGCCGCCUCCCUAGCUCUCACAGAGUCGCACACGCACGAGCGUAUGGCUGUCCGCGGUGUGGCAUUGUACAAUGGCAUUUACGACUGGACGGCCUUUCUUCCGCCGCAGAAUAACAACCCCAGCACGGACGCUCUCGCCGCCAUGAAAUCUCUACUCGAGCUUCCAGACGAUGAUGCCGAGGGCUCCGCGAUGCACUACCUCCGCCAGCUGGUCCCUACGCUCUUCAAGACGCCUUCAAACCUAUUUGACCCAUUCGCAAGCGCUGUGCUAUUCUUCCGCAGCACGGGUCUGCUGGUUCCAUCAUCGUUUGAGCCGUCGGGAUCCACCAUCCCACCAGAACUUGAGCGCGCGAUCGCUGAACUGUCAUUGGAUGAGGCCUCCACUCCCGUCCCGGGCAGUCCCGAGGCCGCCAGGCUCGAAGUGGCGUUCAAGGCUCCGAGGAAGGGGUAUAUGGCUUUUCCUCCACGCCAGUCCAUGCUGCGGAUCCCUGAGGCGUUGAUACUGCACGAGACAGGGACUGUGCAGCCUGGGCGUGGGAGAGGGAGGAAGCGGAGCACGGCAUCCCGCAAUAACUUUGCAUCGCAGGCCAAAGAGCUGGCCAGGGUGAUGCGGAGGAGCAUCAGCUUGUAUGAGAUGCGAGAGCGAAUGAGGUUGGAUGAUAUUGAUGAAGGCGCUGGUGCCGAGGCUGAGCGACGGGUGCAGCUACGUGAUCUCGGGACAGAGGAUGUUGCUGAGGACGCACUGGGGCCUGCCGUAGAGGAGUGGCUCGAGGAGAAAAUGAAUGCGUGUGACGUGACAGCGUAGCGGUUAACAAGCUGUAUAUAGUUUUAUAAAGCUCGGUAGGACCACUAAUAAGCACUGGGUUCCCUGCAUA